UAAAAAUAUUCAGUCAUCAUAUAAGGUCGGAUGAAUUAAGUUUGAAAUUUCUGAAAAGAAAAAAUCCAAAUCACACACAUACACUUUUAAGUUUAACAAAUUCUUGCUACGGAAGCGCGUUUUGACCAAAUAAUCCGGAAUGCGUUUCACGUGAACACAAUAAAAUUUCUAAAACGAUUAAUAAACGAACGAGCGUGUCGUCGUAUGCUUAAAAUGAAUAUUUUCAAUUUUUAAUUUAAAUGUGAUAAAUUUAUCAAUAUUAUAUAGUAAAGAAAUUGUGAUAAAAUUGUGAAAAGUUAAAAAAAAGAAAAAGAAAUGGGUCACUCUACGUCUAAAUUAAAAAAACCUAAUAACGCAGUUGACCGUGAAUUGUAUAAAGAACAAAAACGUAAACAGAAGCAAAUUGAAGAAGAAAAGCGACGAAAAAAACUUGCAGAGAAACAAAAAAAGAAACUUGCUAAAAAAUCAAAAAAGGAUACAAAUAAAAACCUUAAUGACAACAAUACAGUUUUAGAAACAUCAAAUUAUAAAAUUGCUUUUCGCAUGGAAGAUUAUGACAAUCAGGUAGCCCUGAAAUUAGAAGAUCAAAUAUCAAAAAAAUUUGCUCAUUUCUGUCUUAAUCAAAUCGUAUUGGCGAUGCAAUUUUAUGGUAAUUAUCAAAGCGAAAAGUCAUUGAACUAUAAACAAAUUUUAAAUAGAGAAGCGGAACAGAAUCAAUAUCUUGAUAAGCAUUCAAUUUUACUGCCAAAUGCGAUUGACGAGGUCGUUCAAAGUAGAAUUCAAUAUAAACCAAAACAUGGGCUUGAUAAACAUGAACUAUCACCAUUACAAUUACAAACAAUGUAUGUUGUAUUUGAAAACGUUGAAAUUUCAAAGCCAGAUGACGCAAACUAUGACUCAAUUAAUCCUAUUUGUAAAGUUGAUAUUGAUACAAAUAUUGGACGUUCCAAAAAGUUCAAAGGUUAUUUAAGACUUCGAUUACGUGAAACAAAUUCUAUGCAAAGAUCACAUCAAUCUGAAAAUAGGAGUGAUGAUGUUGAUACAAAUAAAACAUCGAAUUCAAGUAUCGAUUCUUAUUUUGAAAAUGAUGUUACUUAUUCAAAAAAUGAAUCAAAAUUACCAACAAAGGUAACAGAACCGCAAUAUGAUACGCUUCGUAUAUGUAGGGAUUCAAAUAGUAGUGGUGUAGAUGUAACUGGUUCAGAAUACGCUUAUAUCACAAGCUUAAAUACUCAUCAACCGCUUAGUGAAUUGUAUAAAUCAAAAAAAUUAAAAUCAGAAACUCUUGAUGCAAAAGUAGUACCCGAAUCAUGUAUUACAGUAGUUGAAUAUUAUUUGGAUGAAGCAUACAAUGAAGAUGAUGACGAAAGUACUGAUUCAGAAGUUGAUGUAAUCGAAGUUAAAUAUUUAAAUUCAAAAUCUUUUUUUUGUUACUUUGCAACGGUUUUGCAAGAUCAUCUAGCACAAGAUUUGAAUUUAUGUGAUGUCGAAUUUGACAGUGCGACUUGGAAAGGUGCAUCUAUAUUCACAAAAUCAUAUGAAAUUAUACCAGCAAUUCAUCUUAGAUGUUGGCCUGACUGUGCCUUUGAAUGGAAACGCAGAACAAGAUCUAUUAUAUACAAUCCAUUAAAUGGCCAACAGCUACAAUGGCCAACGCAAGAAAUGAUAAAGAAAGUUGAAAGUUUUGGAUGUCAUGUGAUACCGAUGGGAUUUGCCCCAAAAACUGGUAAAAAUCCAUACCGUGAAUUGGAAUGGAAAAUUAUUUUUCCGAAAGCUGAACGUUACUUAGAAACCCAUUUAACGGAUACACAAGUGAAAAUUUUCAUGGUCUCUAAAUUAUUGAUCAAAACAUUUUUGGAACAAAAAAGAGAUAUUUUUAUGUUUACAAUGGAUCAUCUCAGGAUGCAUUUGUUUUGGGAAUGUGAAAAAAAUUGUGGGGCAUGGCCAGAAGAAUUUUUAGGUGAAGUAUUAUUAAGGUUUUUGAAAUCAUUUUUAGAGAGAACUACUUCAAAAUGUUUACCAGACUACUUUAUAACUGGAAGAAAUUUAUUUGAAUGCAUUCCUGAGAGCACUUUAGUAAGAAUACAUCAAAUUAUUUCGCAAAUUGUACAAAAUCCAGUUAUGCAUUUAUUAGCAGCCUAUCGAAAUUUGGAGCAAAUUGAACCAUUCUUUCCAAAAUUAAAUUAUAAAAAAUUGUAUUCAAUUAUUGUAGUUGACAAUCCCUUGAAUUUGAUUGAUCAAUUAAAAACUUGUGUCCGACGAAAUCCUAUUUUGAUGCAGAUGGGAGAAAGCAAUACUGUAAAUAAGAAAAAGGAAUUUGUAUUUGCUGGUUACGAUGAUAUUAACUCAGAUGAAGAAAAUAAAGGUUUAAUAGGGUUUUCACAUAAACAAGAGCGGAGACAAAAGCAGGGUAGACGUUCAAAACGCUUGAAAUCUCGUGGAAGACUGCAGAGUGUAAGAAGAAAAACCAGAGAAGUAAAGUCCGUAGCAAGAGAAUCAAUCGACUCCAUAGAAAUGCAUCAAUAUAUUUUCACAACCAAUUUGGAUGAGUUAGAACGAGAGAAAAGGAAAAAUAUUCCAGCAAUGGACGACAUUCGACGAUCGUUAACCAUUGAAAUGUUUAUAAGACAAUUUAUUCAUCAGGCUAAAGCGUCUUAUGAACUGAAGUCUUUAGAUAAAACAAGAAUAUAUUUAAAUCAAGCUGCUCGUCUUUGUAAUUUCUUAGCGAAAUACAAUUACGAAGAUGGCGCAAAAAAAUUUUUAGAUAAAAUCGAAAAAAUGAAAAAUAGUUUUGGAUCAUUAUCACAAGCAAAUGGAAGCAAUGAAAAUCCUCCAGAAUUACCAGAGCGAACUAGUUUGGAACCAAUAAAAUCAUUUAGGUUAGAAGAAUUAAGUUCUAAUAAGAAUCACUCUGAACCGGUAUUACUAAGAAAUCAAGAUAGCUCGUCAGCAGAAAGUCAACGUUUAAGAAAUGAAAAAGUCAGAUCAGUGCAUUUCGAUGAAGAAAAUUCAUUUGAACCCAGGACUUUCACUUUCGAGGCCGAUGUACAUAAUCAUCCAAAUGAUGUGUUAAAAAAGAAUGACAAAGAUAAUAGGAACUCAAAUCAGAACGAAUUUGUCAAACAAAAAAGUUCUGUGGAAUCUUUUAAUCCUAAUAAAAUAUUAAGGGCAUCAAGUAUAAGAGCUAGUAGAAAACAAGAUUCGUUUAGAAAGCACGUACAAAUCGAACCACGUGUAGUUACUAUACAAAGAAUGGAAAGUUUUAAGCCAAAAAAGCAAAUAUCUAUUGAAGAAAGCCCAAAGGCAAGAAAAAGUAUUUUAAAGCCAAGUAGAGAACUUUCCGUUGAAAAUACCAAUCGAAAUACUCCAAAAAUGAGGGUAACGUUAAGCGCAGAAGAUUUAGAAACUGCUAAUAUUCCUAAUGGCUUGUUGAAGCGCCCAAGCAUUGAUUCAAAUUCUAGUCAAGGUGAAAUAAGAGAUCAAAUAUUUUCCAAACAUCUUAAUAUUGAUGAUGACAAUAAUUUAAAGUUAGCCAGUUUUAGCUCAGAUACAACAAUAAGUGAAAUUGAGGAAAAUACCGCUGGUUUAACAUUUAAAGAGUUAUUUGAACGUCGAAAAAAUCUUAUACAUAGAAAGUUAGUUUCAAGUUUAGUUUUACAACAAGAAGAUGAUUGCCACUACAGUAGCGAAUCCGAUGUUAAUGAAAACUCAACUGAUUUAUAGAUCUAUUGUAAAUUAUUUUGUAACAUAUUGUUAUGAUUUUAUUUAAGUUAUAGAUAGCAAUAAUAUUAAUGUUAGUAACUUUUUACUCUAAGAAUUUUAAAAUUUAUAAAUAUUUUCAAAAAAAAAAUUUGAUAUUCUUAAUUUAGCGAAAAUUUUUCAUAAAA